AUGUCCUUGACCCGAAUUCCUCUCAAUAGAGUCUUCAGAGACCAACCUCGGGUACGAAAUUCCCAGAUUGAGAGCCCGGGCUCAUUGGAAAGUGACUCUGCCAAAGAGUCCACCGAUAUUCCUACUAAAAAAACCCGAAGUUCCGGAAAGAAGCCUUUGCGGCUUGCUCAGACCACAAACUUCGGAUCAAGUGAGACGCAAAAUAACUCCAUCAGAUCUCCUGAUGAGAACAAGAUAUAUAUAAGCUCACCUAACUCUACCACAUCUUCUAGUUCGAUCACCAAUUCUAGUGAUAGUCACAGGAAGCUCAAACCUCGCAAUAGGAAUACUCUAACACGCCCUAGAAGCCUUAGAUCUAUUAGGUCAAAAUCUAAGGAUCUACUUUCUUCCCUUACACCCAAAAACAACCAACGUGGUCUUAGACCAUUAUCAUUGCCAAACAUGGCUGCACGAGGGACCAGAACAGCUAAGAUGCUGGAAUACGAGAGACAGGCCGAAGAGCGGCUGAAAGAGAUGGAAAUAAUGGCCGAGGAGCGGAACCGUAUGCUCGAGGAGCUAAUGAAAAUUCAAAAAGAGCAAGAUCGUAUUGCACAGGAGGAAUAUGAGAUGGCACAGUACUACGAAGCGGAAGCAUUAAAGCAUGCCGAAGAGAUUCGUAUACAUCGUGAAGAGGUACGGCGUCAUCAAGAGCGUAUCCGUGAUCAUGAAGUAAAACUACGUGACCAUGAAGCUACCUCUGAAGCUUUUGCCAAAGUAAUAGCCAUGCCUGCUAGACAAGGCCGAGACAGACAAGUCUCUUUUCAACAAUCUGUAGGAGGUCGCUUAGGCGGAAAACCAAACAACGGCUGA